AUGGCGGCGCAGGAGCAGUGGUCCAUCUUGUACGCUGUUCCGGAUGAGUCGGAAGAUUUGAUGAAGACCCAGAAAUUCCCCAACGCGACGUUCUCCUUCAACAAGGUUCCGCUCCCUUCCCGCCUAUUCGUGGAGAGUAGCGUCGCCAGCCCCGCCGGAAUGGUCGAGUACCACCCCUACAUCGCAGCCGCCGACCGCAGCGGCCACCUUCUGCUAUGCGGUUACACCUCGUUCGGGCUCACCUUGUACAUCUGCGAUCCGUUUUUCCGCAGGACGACGGGCAUCUUCCCCCACGACGGCGGCUUCAACUGCCGCCACUGCGUCGGCCUCAUCCGCAAUCACGACCGCAGGCUUCUCAUGGUGGCCGAUCUCAGCCCGUGCUUUUCCGAACAAGUUGUCUUCUGCACGCUCUUCUGCACGGUCGACUUGUACUCGUGGGUCGAGAAGGAGCCCGACUGCUCCAAAAUCUUGGAUAAACAACCGUGGCGCGGUGAUGGCGUUCUCACCCAUCAAGACGCGCAAUGGAAUCCGACGCACCGAGUGCGGCUGGCUGAGAUCUGGAACCAUGAGACCUACAAAAGGACGCCGCUGCGCCGGGACGUGAUCCCCAUUGUGGCGCUCGUCAACCCGAUCAAGGCACACGAGGUCUACUUCUUCCUCGACAAGCACAUCUUCUCUGUCAACCUGCACAACACUAGUGUGGUGCAGUAUGACAAGUUUGAAGAUUUGGGGAUGCCGGACCUCUCCUCCCGCCUGCUCCAUGCUUGGCAGCUUCCACCGGAGCUCACCGAAUAUCAUCCCUUGCCUGGAACCGAUGUGUUGGGUGCCACGGGGGUUUAUUUCCUGAAUCAAUAUGACUCAGUGGAGGAUUUCCAUGAGGAAGUGAUUGCUGCCACAGACAGGUGGUGUCCCCAAUUGCAUGAGAUGGGUCUGGAGGAACUUGAAGAUGGAGAUGAUGAUGCCUCUAAGAUGAGUGAGGAUCUUGAAGGGGAUGGUGAUGACUCUGAGACGAGCGGGGAUCUUGAAGAUGACUCCGAGAUCAAUGAGGAAGAUGUCGAAGAGGACGGAGAUGAAGACUGA